UUCCCUAUUGCUCCUUCACCAGACUUUCAUAACCAUACUGUGACUCAUUGACCCUCUUCGUCCCUUCCUCGAAGAGAAACAAAGAAAAGGCACUCCAAACAUCGGCUCAGUUACCAGAGAACUCCAUUAACCACUUCAAAUCAUCACCAUCUUCUUCUUUUCUGUUUCUAUAGAGCCACACAUAUACCAAUCUUCUAAACCUCGCUCUUGAAAUGGUGAAGAAAAAAGUACCUGAUUGGCUCAACAGCUCUCUCUGGUCCACCACCACCACAACCACCACCACCACUCCUUCCUCCACUGCUGACGACGAUCACCUUCAACCCUACUCCAGGCUCUCCACUAAUUCCCCCACCAAAGCAACCGAAUCUCCCAUCGAGCCACCUGUCCCGGUCCCACCGCCAGCUGUAAUUAGGGAGGAUCCUCCUCCUUAUUCUUCAAAGCCUGAAAUCAGAGCUAAAGAUAAAGAUAAGGAUUCGCGAAACAGUGUUAGUAGCAACAGUAAUGAUGAUUCUGAUAGGAAUGAUAAAGACGAUGAUAAUGGGACCUCCGUUUCUGCGGAGGAUAUUUCUAGACAGGCUCAGCUCUUGACCGAGUUGUCGAGGAAAGUGGUAAAUAUGAGGGAAGUGAGGAGAAUUGCGUCUCAAGGGAUACCUGAUGGCCCUGGCGUUCGUUCCACCGUCUGGAAGCUCUUGUUGGGGUAUCUGCCACCUGAUCGUUCACUUUGGUCAUCUGAGUUGGCCAAGAAGAGGUCUCAGUACAAGCAUUUUAAAGAGGAGCUUUUGAUGAAUCCUUCGGAAAUCACAAGGAGGCUGGAGAAAUCCUCAGGUUGUGAAAAUGAUGAGCCAAAAUAUGAAAGUGGUAUGCUUUCAAGAUCGCACAUAACCCAUGGAGAGCAUCCUUUGAGCCUUGGGAAGAGUAGCAUCUGGAAUCAGUUCUUCCAGGACACAGAGAUCAUGGAACAGAUUGAUCGAGAUGUGAAACGCACUCAUCCAGACAUGCACUUCUUUUCAGGGGACUCAUCUAUGGCAAAAUCUAAUCAGGAGGCAUUGAGAAACAUUCUAAUUGUAUUUGCUAAAUUAAAUCCGGGAAUAAGAUAUGUUCAAGGAAUGAAUGAAAUUCUGGCUCCUCUUUUCUAUGUAUUCAGAAAUGACCCUGAUGAGGAAAUGGCGGCUUGUGCUGAAGCAGAUACAUUCUUUUGUUUUGUUGAAUUAUUGAGUGGAUUCCGGGAUCAUUUCUGUCAGCAACUUGAUAACAGUGUUGUUGGCAUUCGUUCGACAAUUACAAAAUUGUCACAGCUUUUAAAGGAACAUGACGAAGAACUUUGGCGUCAUCUUGAGGUCACCACCAAGGUCAACCCCCAAUUUUAUGCGUUUAGGUGGAUUACUCUCCUGUUGACCCAGGAAUUCAAUUUUGCAGACAGUCUUCAUAUUUGGGACACACUUCUGAGUGAUCCUGAAGGUCCUCAGGAGACUUUACUUCGAGUGUGCUGUGCAAUGCUGAUUCUCAUUCGGAGGCGUCUCCUAGCAGGGGAUUUCACUUCUAAUCUCAAGCUACUCCAGAACUACCCCCCUACGAACAUCAACCAUUUGCUUUAUGUUGCAAACAAGUUGCGUGCUCGUCCAUCAGUCUAAUUAAGUCUUACCACUCCUUGUUUAAACCCCUUAUUUCUGUUUCUGAAAAUUUUAUUGUUUGUAAAUUGCUGGAUGUAAAUGUUGGUUGGAAGCAAUGGUUAGCUUGCAGGGAGAAUCUUCUGUUUCAUUUUACCUUGAAUGCAUCUUAAUGGAGUUAGGCAUUUCAUUUCCUUUUUCCACCUUUCUCUAUUCUAGGUUGAGGUGGCGGUGGUCACUGGUCAAUUAACUGUUUUUGUAUUUUAGUUAUUUGUAGGUUUUGUAUUCGUUGGCACAAGAUACUUGUACACAGAAAAUGAGUUUUUUAUUGGAUACUUUUGGUGAA